CCGAGUGAUGCCGAUUAGCUGUUUCACUUUUCACGUUGUGAUCCUGUAAAUUUUUCUAAAAACAACUGAAAAAAUGACAUCUAAACACGGCAACAUCAUGUCCUUGAAAGAAGGAAAUCAAAAUGAAUUGAACUUUAACCCUGGAUAAUAAUGACAACUGUAGAGAUUACUGCUCCAGUAGGUGGCGACACCAGAUUACUUGCACUUAGAGUGACCCCAGAGCAAGAGAUUGCCAUUUAUGCCUUUUUCCAGAUAAAUGGUUGGACAAUAGUUACAGAAGAAAUUGCCAAAAAGUGUGAGAAUUGUGGGAUAGGUAUAAAUGGUGGAGAUGAUCCUCCAACAUGCCACAUCUGCCAAAAAGCCAUUGAAAAUGCUGAGGCUUUACUUGAUGAAACUAACGAGGAAGAAAAUGGCGAGAUGAGUGAUACAGGUGACCUACAGCAGAAUCAGCCAACUAUAAUACAGGUACAAGACGCUCAUGGAAAGAAAAUUGUAUACGUAGGUAAUGCAAUGACAGUGGCAAAACAGGCUGCGCCACCUCCACCAGUAAAGACGGAGAUUGUCACCACAAACAGUGUUGGUACAGAAACUAGAGUACCUCAAUCUGUAGCACCAAAAAUAUACAAUGUCAAUAACAGUGCUGAAAAUCGUCCAUACAAAUGUGAACAUUGUGGUAAACACUUUCGUAAAAAAUCACAUGUGGUUGCUCAUGUAAGAUAUCACAAUGGGGAAACAUUACCUAAAUGUAAUGUAUGUGGGAAAGAGUUCCUUUACAAGCACAAUCUGAUCUCUCACAUGACAAUCCACUCUGGAGAAAGACCAUUCCACUGUACCGAGUGCCAGAAGACAUUCCGUAGAAAAGAUGACUUACAGGUCCACAUGAGAACACACACAGGUGAACGUCCCUAUGUUUGUGACAUUUGUGGAAAAGCCUUCACAACACAGAACCAGCUUCCUAAACAUCGUAGAACACAUACUGGGGAAAAGCCUUAUGAAUGUGAAAUCUGUCACAAAUGUUUCCGUACUAAACCUCAUCUGGAGAAGCAUUAUAGGACACACAGUGGGGAACGUCCUUAUCCUUGUGAGGAGUGUGGUAGAGCUUUCUCCCAGAAUGCUCACUUGAUGGCUCACAUGAGAAUACAUACUGGUGAGAAACCCUAUAAAUGUGACUUGUGUGAGAAAGCAUUCAAAGAGAGUAAGACAUUAAAGAAACAUAAACUUAUCCAUGAGAAUGGCAUGCCAUAUAUUUGUACCAUCUGUGGCAAAGGUUUUCUUCGAUCCCAGAAUUUAGAUGUCCACAUGUGUGUACACUCUGAUGAUCUUCCUAAGUAUAAACGUAAGUUGCUGAUGAAGAAGAAAUUAAUGGAAGAAAUUGAAGCAGAAUCUAAUCAGUCAUAUGAGAAUUCCAAUAUAGAAACUGACAUAAUCACAGAAGAAACCAUUGCUGAGGUGGAAACGCACAUCCACGAAGCUGAACAAGCAGGACAAAUUAUACAAGUUCAGAAUGUUGAAGAUCAUCACAUCAAAGAAGAACAAGUUGCUGAAGUCGUAACUGACGGACAAGAUGAAAAUUCCAUCGCAAAUAGUCUCUUGACUCUCGUAGAAAUGAUCACUAGUUCUAAUCAAGAUGCUCACACAACUACAUCUGCCAAUGGCAAUUCUCAUGUCGAUCUUUCUAACGUACAGAUUGAUGAUUCGUCACAGAGACAAAACAUCAUCAUAACUACUUCAGACGGAACACAAAUACAGCAGCAAGAUACUGUCAUGGAGGAUGGAAGUAUGCAAGAAGUUAAAACCAUCUUUGUUGAUGAACAUGGCAGAGAAAUUGGGACUAGUAACGAGAAUGUAGUCAUCACAUCUAUGGGAGAUACUCAAGUAACCACAGAACAAGUCAUUGACAGUGUUACUGGACAGUAUGUGGAUGGCAAUACAUAUGUCAUGGAAGUAGAAUAUGUAGAGCAACAGUAAAGCCACGAAAGGGAAUACAUAAGGCAUGGUUGACUUGUAGAAUAAGUAGAGGAACAGUAAGGCAAAAGGGAAUCCAUAUUGGAAGGAAGUAGAAUUAGUAGAGAAACAAUUAGCGAUCAAGUUGUUAAAUGUCAAAAGUUUAUCAAUAUAUAUUUUAAGAAUUUUUUAAAUUAUGGUAAUUAACUGCAAAAGGAAAAAAAUAUGUGCAGAAUCAUUGUGUAUAUUUAGAAUAAAAAUAAGGCAAAAUUAUAUUUCAAAAACAUUCUGCCAACUGCUCUUAAGUGAAUCAACAAUUAAUUUCUUGAUAAAAUUACAUAUUAUAUAGUCAAUUUCUGUUUUGAAAAAGGGUUAAUGAGUUGUCCAAAGCCAUUUAAAUUACAUCAUCUCAGAUAAUGAUAUUUUUGUCAUCAUAAAUAAAUAUGCUUUUCAUGUAUUAUGCUAUACCAUAUUGGUACAACAGAAGCCCAAAUUAUGAUUUUAUUACACAAUUUCCUUUCUCUUCCUGAUUGAAAAUUCUCAUAGAUCAGUUUUUUUUAAUGCAAAUCUGACAGCAUGAUCAGUAAACUGAAUUUAAAGUUAUUUAAACUAGAAUGUUAAACCACAGAAUUAAAUGACAUACAUUUUUAUAUGUCAUAGAAACAUUUUAUUUAAAAUCCUCAUUAUAUUGAAGCCUCCUUAAGGCUUUUCAUCUGCUCCUCUUAUGAAAUACUGGACUGAGUAAAAACAGGGGAGAAAACAUGUAUGCAAAUUUUCACCAUUUAAUAAAAUAAAUAAAUGGAGACAUUAUUAUUUGAUGUAAUGCAUCAGAAGCAUGAAAAGUUCCAACUGUCAAAAUGGAAAAACCUUAAAAUUUAACUUGUAGACAUGCAUGAAUUAAUCUUUAGUGAGAAGAAAAAGGGGGGAUCUUCAAAAUUUAUUUAAAAUUUGACGUAGCAUUGAUAGACUUCUCCUUCUGUCUGCCAUUUACAACACUUGUAUAUUGUUGAAGACCAAGAAUUGACCUUUAAAUGACUUGAGUUUUUUGUGUAAUUGGGUUGCUGGCUCAUCGACUUGUGUACCCCCCCGUCUUUUAAUGUUUAUUUCUAUUAAUAAGACAUCAAUAUAUUAAACAUAUUUAGAAAGUUCUGUGUUUGUAUUAUUAAUGAAUUAACAUGUACAUAUGUUUUUUGUUAAAUGAAUGUUAAUUAUAAAUAUAGAGACCAAAUUAAAGUUUGCAAUGUGUGUGUUCUUUUAGCUUCAAAAUUUAAGAAUGUUAAAAUCUUUUCUCCUUAAUAAUUUAAAUACAGUCUUAACAUGUAACAGUUGCUCUGUCAUUUUUUUUAUUGAAGAAUUUUAACUCUAUCUAAUCCUUUAGAAAUUGAUACUGAUGACUGUUUAUGUGUACAUGCAUGUACCUGUUACUAUUGAACAAUUGCAAAUAAACUAACAGAAUAUCAUUCUGUCCAUGAUUAAUCAUAUAUAUAUAGUAUUUAUUUAUUGUAAAGAGAUAAGUGUACAUAAUUUGACUACAGUGCCAAGCAUGUUUUGAAUCUGUUUUUUCAUUCAUUGACCACGUCCUGUAUAUCUACUUUUUUCUCUGAAUUGGUUAUCAUGGGAACAUAUAGUUAUGCAUAGCUCAUAACAAAUAUUUUAUCUUUAUCAUGAGUAAAGGUAACAGUAAAUAGAUGUACAUUUUUACAUGCAAUUUGACUAAAUUUGGCCAGUUAAAUGUUCCAUAUUCAUGUAUCUGUAAAACUUUUUCAAUAUGACUCUUUAUACUGGGAUGGGAUCCAUUAUGUUGCAUUAAAAAUAUAAGCGUUGAACAUAGAAAUUCUCAGCUUUUGCUGAUGCUUUUAAUUAAUUGAUUUAUACAUGUUAUAUGAAUUGCCUUGGUGGAUCCAGAAAUUUUCAUAAGUGGGAGCCCACUGACUGUGUAAGAGGAGGCCUGCUCCCAUCGUGCUUCAGUGAUUCCCUAUAUAAUCAACAAAAAUUAUCCCAGAAAGGGGGGGGGGGUGUGAUUCCCUUUAUAAUCCACAAAAAUUAUGGCCCUUGCCCCCCCCCUAACAUUCCUAAAUCCACCUGAUUUUUUUUUUUUCAAAAAAAGGUAAAAGAAUUAAACAUGCUUAGUGUACAUGUAUGGCCUGACUAAAUCUUAACAAGAUUAACAAACGAGGUAAAAAUACUUGUCUAAUCAUGAGAUAAAACCUUAGUUUAUCAAAAUAUUGAUAAUAUAUAAUAUGUAAAAUAUAUAUUGAAAUUUAAUUAAUUUACUGAAUAUAAAUUACCUCGAAAUAAGGGUAUAUGAAAGUAUUUUAAUUAGUGACCACAUGUUAAAAAUGAUAAUGUCUUAUUUUCAAUCAGAUUAAAAUGUAGUUCCUGUGUCCAAGCUUCCAAAAAAUGUGGUUCUAACUUCUAUUUUCUGUUUUAAAGACCUUUCCAGAUCCUCUAGACUUGUUGGAUUAAUAGAAACAUUUAUAAAUUUUGAAGACUGAAAUUUCAUAUUAAAAUGACAGUAAGUACCAAGGGAGUUUUGUCAGAUCUUGUAAACAGUUUUUGGAAACAGGAUCUCAAGUUUUAUGAUAUUGUUAAAUCUGGAAACAUUGCUAUGCCUCGUCUGUCAAAACUUUUUUCAACAAAUAUUGUUAGAAUUUUAGUGGAGUUAAUAUUUUCUGAAAUCCACAGCUUUGGUAAUGUUAAUUAUGAGUGUACAUAUUGUAAUGCAAAAUUUUAUUGUGUUAAUUAAACAUUUACCAAUUAAUAAAAAUGUUUACUUUUAA